CGCAAAAGCGGAGGAAGAGGCGUCUCUAGGCGCGGAGCGAAAAAGUCCCUCUAUGGUUACAUGCCGGAGGCGGAGGAGCGGAAGUGGGACGCCGGGCAGCGGCGGUAUCUUGUUGAGCCUGAGGCGGCAUCUCCCUCCUAAUACAUCCCAGCCCAUGAGUGACCCAACGGCUUCAAGGGAGAUAGAUCUCUCUGGCAGCUGCACUGCAGGAGAUGAUAUUUCCAACACGGAUCCGAGCGAUUUGAAACCCAAGCUGAUGACCAUAUGUACAGAGAUGGCUCCUGGAACAGUUGGCACACAGCCCGUCUCCGGUAGUACCAGCUUGAUGAAAAGAAAAUCUUGUUCUGAGACUGAUGGUCUUGGGAAUGGUGUAAGAAAUUCUGCAGAGGAGAACCAGGUCACCAAUCUUAGCUGUGCAGAAGGGCAACAUGGCCAGUCUGCCCAAAGAGAAGAAGAUGAAGAAAUGGACUGCCAGCAGCCAAGAACUACCACCAGCUUAGUCCCUCUUUCCGGGGUGAACUUAAGCCCUAAGAAACGGAAGCUGGUUCUACACAUAGACUUAAACAACACUAUCGUAGUGUCUGAUGCUGUCACCGGUCAGGAACCCACAGCUGCUCUAAACUAUUUCCUGAGUACUGUCACCUGGGGGGAAAUCGACCCAACAGGCAAGUGGCAGUGGCUGAGCGAGUCCCCCUCGUUGCUCCCUCCCUGCCCGGGCGCCGUGACUUUUUACUCCCAGUACGGCCGCAACACCCGAUUCACGGACACGCCCCCCGGGAGGAAGUUCCGCGAUCUCCACAAGCGCCACCUGCAGCUUCUGGAGUGGCAGGGGCAGCCUCACCCGCUGCUCUCCAUCCCCGGCCAGCGGGGAAAGCGCUACCACUUGGUGCUGCCUUCCUUCUUCCACCUCUUGGAGAGCCUGCGCCGGGAAGGGAGGCACUUUGCCGUCGUCUUCCGCACCUUUGGCACGGACUUGGCUCGCGUCCUGAAGGCAGUGCGCUGCGCCCUGGAGGGGGAGCACCCCCACUUCCCUGCGCUGCGGGACGUCUCGCUGCCGGUGGAUGUCAGUCCUGGAACGAUACGUUGCAGCAAGCAAAAGGUGGUGUUGACGCAGGGAGCAGGGCGGCUCUCCAGUGAAGAUGGCGACAGGAAACUGUACCUCUACUUCAGCUCCAGGGAAGGUCUUUGUGGCUUCCAGGAUCACUUUGACUGGUGGGCCAGGAACCAGUUCUCCAGCCGAGGAGGGAAGCCCCUUUGGAUCGACCCUCACGACACAAGCACCCACCAUAUCUGUAUCGAUGACAACAUUCGCCUGAACGAUGCCGACACCAUCAUCCACCCUCGGGUGUUCACAGGGCGAGGAAGCAGCUGUCUCCGCACGACCCCCACCUCUGAGCUGUACAACAUCUGCCUGGUUCAAACAGACCUCCUGGAGGCCAUUGCUGACCCUAGCUAUUUCUGCCGCUGCGUCCGACGCUGCGAGGAGAACUAUGAGAGCUACCUGGCCAGUGCUGGGGGGAAUUGUUGCACCUAAGUGGGGCUGACCUGCGGGAGAGUCUCCCCUCGUAUACCGUGUGGAGUUCGCAAGAGGAGAAUCUUCUAUUUGGCGCCUCUCUCUGGGUGUCGGAGUUCCCACCGGAGUCGCUAUCCUUACUUUCGCUUCCGGCUCAGAGCCCUGCGGGGGAAAUUCUGCAAGCCCAGAAAGCAGGUUUUCUGGUGCUGUCUGAACCUGAUCACCUGAACAGAGGCUUUCUUCCUGUUAAUAUUUAUUCAGAUGUUGGAGCUCAUGGAGAGAUGGCUGACGUGGGCGAACCUCUGUCUCGAAGCGCUUGCAGCUGGCCCGUGGGCCCUACCUCGCUGGUCUCAGCCACGGUGUGGAGAAAAACCGCAGGCCUGUUAACGCAGCCCAUCUUUCCAAACAUUAAACUCCACUCCAGCUG